AUGUUUAAAUAUCUCAUAGUUUCCUUGGCUAUUAUAUUAUUCCAAAGACAGAACACCCUUGCCACUUUAUGCAUCACCAAUGUGAUAGUGCGUGUGCCUCGGGAAAAGGACAUUGGCCUGAUCUUUGAUCUGACCGUCAUCAAUCGCCUGAAGGGUACGAAAAGGGAAACUGUGGACUUUGUAAUAUCCUCGGACGGGGAAUGCGUUGUAAAUACCACUCGAGGAGAAUUGGUGCCAGCGGUGGGUCGGGUCUAUGGUGCAGAUUUUGGAACUAUAGAACCAGGAAAGACUGAAACGGUUUCUUUGGUCUGGCCAACAGUAUCCCUCUACAACCGAGUGGGCAGUUGCCCCAUCUCAAUAAUCACCACAAAUGCCCAAAAUGCCGUCUCUACCUCGAGGCAGAUACUCCACUUUGACACUCGAUUCGAGGUCCUGGAUCCGAAGAAACAAACUCUGCGUAAACGCAAGGACUUUGUCGACUGCGGGAACUGGGACAAGGACUACCUGCGCAACUGUACGCCUCUGAACUGCGAGGAGCGCUAUUUUGGGCAACGGAGCUUCUUCAACCUGGACUCGGGUCGGUGCGAACGGGUGCCACUUAUUCAUGGGGAAGGAAAGUUCUACGAUCCUUUUUCCAACGAAGGCUUCGAUUACGGGGGUUUCCUGUCGGAAGAUGAACUGGAGCAGGUCAAACAAGGGGCUUAUGAUGUCAAUUUUUUGGAACUGCGUGGACCUCCAAAAGAGCCGCAAGAAAAACCAAAGAAAAUCGUAGAAGCGGUGCCGCCCCCACUUGUCACUGCAAGUCCUUUGGCUCUAAGUCCGGAAGAUUGUGACAAGUCCGUUAAAAAUAAAAAAUAUCUUACGAUGGCCGACUUUAUCGAGUGUUUCCAGCACAUAGAGGAAUCUCCAAGCCAGAAGAAAGUACAGAAAAAGUCCCCCAUUGAGGUCCCUCUUCUGACGCAAUUGUAUUAUGACUGGUUCUUACCCAUCAGGGCUGAUACUUGGGGCGACAUUCGGGGACGCAUAGCUCCAGAUACCCCAAGCUCUAAGAAUGUGCGUUCGGGAGCCGAGCCUCUUAUGUCCUGGAUAUCCAAACUAAACAAAAAGGAUUGUCUAAAGGUGUUCUUCAGAGGACUCUCUAUUAUCUUACUGUUAAUUCUGUUUCAGAUCGGUAUGACUCUUGUGGCCUAUUUUGUGGUGUGCCUUGCCGUUUAUGGGUUUAUUGAGCUAUAUUCCACCUGGAAGUGCGAGGAUACAAUGGAAGCCUUUGUGACGCAACUAAGCUCCCACAGCAGUAAUUUAGAUGUUGUCACCACCGAAAGCCUAAUGUCUCAGCGUUUAUAAAGUUAAAUCCGGACCAGAUGUUACAAUUCGAAUUAGAAAACCAAUAAUUUAAAGGAGAUUUCCAUAU